AUGUCCACCACCCCCCUCCCCUCCAAAUUCGGCCUCAUCCUCUUCCCCGGCUUCCAACUGCUCGACGUCGCAGGCCCCCUCGACGCCUUCAACAUCCUCGGCUACACCCACAACAUCUCCCUCAGCAUCCUCGCCGCAACUCUCGACCCAGUCUCCACCCACAGCACGCUGCACGUGCAGCAAGGCUCGCAAAUCUCCCAAUCACUCGUGCCAACCCACACAUUCGACUCGGCACCCGACGACCUCGAUGUCCUGCUUAUCCCCGGCGGGAUGGGUUCGAGGGAGGAAGGAAGCGACGAGCGCAUGGAUCCCUUGGUUGAGUAUCUGAAGAAGCUGGAUUUGAGUGGUAGGGGAAAGGUGAAGUGGGUGCUCACGGUUUGUACGGGAAGUGAAAUUUUGGCGCGGACGGGGAAGUUGGAUGGGCGAAGGGCGACGUCGAAUAAACGAGCUUUUAAUAAUGUCAAGGCUUUGCAUCCUAAUGUGAAUUGGGUGGCUAAAGCGCGGUGGGUGGCUGACGGGAAUAUCUGGACUAGCUCUGGUAUCUCUGCUGGUACGGAUCUGGCGUAUGCGUGGAUUGCGGAGGUUUUUGGAGAGGAGGUGGCGCAGACGAUUGCGGACCGGAGUGAGUAUGAUAGGAAUCGCGAUUCAGGGAAUGAUCGGUAUGCGGAAGUUUGGGGAGCGGUGUGA